AUGAAUGCAUUAAUAUUAGUAGGAGGAUUUGGUACACGUUUAAGGCCGUUAACCUUAACAACACCAAAACCUUUAAUUGAUUUUUGCAAUAAACCAAUUUUAGAACAUCAGAUUUUUAACUUAACAAAAUGUGGAAUUACAGAAAUAAUUUUAGCAAUUGCUUUUAAGCCCACAGAUAUAAUAAAUUUUAUAAAAGAACUAGAAACAAAAUAUAAGGUUAAAAUUUCUUACUCGAUUGAAGAAGAACCAUUGGGAACUGGAGGGCCUAUAAAACUUGCUGAAAAUUAUUUAAAUAAAUAUGAUGAUUUUUUUGUUUUCAAUUCAGAUAUUAUUUGUUCAUUUCCACUUAAAGAGAUGAUGACUUUUCAUAAACAAAAUAACUCGCAGUUGACAAUAUUAGUAAAAGAAGUUGAGAAUCCUAAGUCAUAUGGUGUUGUAAUAACUGAGGAUAAAAAAAUUACAAAAUUUGAAGAAAAACCAGUAGUUCCUAAAUCAAGUUUGAUAAAUGCAGGAAUUUAUAUAUUAAACAAAAACAUUUUAAAUCUAAUUCCUAAAAAACAUACUUCAUUGGAAAAAGAAAUAUUUCCAAAGCUAGCAGAUGAGGGUAUCUUAUACUUUUACAAAUUAAAUAAAUUUUGGGCAGAUAUUGGUAGACCUUUAGAUUUCUUAAGAGGUCAAGAAUUAUAUUUAAAAGAUUUAGAAGAAAAAAAAAAUUUACACGAUUAUUUGUGUAUAUGCUAUAAUAUAAAAGAAGAAACUGAAUUAAAAAACUGUAACAAAAAAAAUUUAUAUAUAACUUUUGAAAAUGCUGAAGAAUUAAAUAAAUUUAUUGAAAACAAAGAUAAUUUUUUCAACGACUUUUUACUUCAUACAAAAAUUGAAGGAAAUGUAUUAAUAUCAUCCAAAACAGAAAUUAAAAAGAAUUGUGUACUGGGAGAUAAUGUCGUAUUAGGUGAUAAUGUGACAGUAGGAGAAGGUUGUCGAAUAAAAAAUUCUUGUGUUAUGAGUAACUCUACAAUCAAUUCCUACUCAUAUAUUGAAAAAUCUAUAAUUGGAUCAAAGUCUCAUGUAGGCAAAUGGUCACGUAUUGAAGGAUUAAGUGUUUUGGGAGAAGGUGUUAUUUUAAAAUCAGAAAUUUCUUUGAACAAUACUUUUAUUCUUCCAUUUAAAGAGGUUAAUGAUUCUAUAUAUGAAAAAGGUGCAAUAAUAAUGUAA